AUUGAGGGUCAAAACUGAACCCGUAGCCAAACAUGGUAAUAAACCCCUCAACUUAAACCCUGUACGCAAACAACUGCAGCUUCAAGUCUUCAACUCGUCGCUGCGCUUCGCUUUCCUCUUCUCGUUUGGAGCUGCUCUUACAGUUCAGUUCUUUUGCUGUAUUUUGCACUCUUUGCCAUGUCUUUGCUCGAGGUGAUCACAAAUGCUGCAGCCAAUCCUGAACAAGUUGCAUCACAAUCUGAAUACCCAAUAAUUCUAAAUGCGGAUGAUAUUUUCCUCAAUUUGAAGUCACAGCUUGAAAGUGUAGAUUCUACAUCACUUGCUAAUCCUGUUACCGGGUGGCAACUCUCGCAAACUGAUGCUCAGCUCAUUGAAUCAGGCAAGAAAUUCUUUACUAAGCUCAAAAGAAAGCUCAAAGACACUAUUAAUUUCAAUAAAGAUGAAUUUGUUGAAAUUUUGAAUCUGUUUCUUGAGAAAAUUGGGGAGAAGUUUGGGAUUUCUGUUGGAGUUGAUUCUUCAGAUAAUGGCUAUACUCAGGUCUUGAUUGAAAAGGUGGGGUUUUUGAUGGGUAGAGAUGUGGCAGGAUUGGUUUUGGAAGCAUGUGUUAGGUUGGAGAUUUGGGAUUUGGUGGAGACUUUGAUUGUUAAAGGCAUUGUUGAUCAUUCAUAUUAUUCAAAUUUGGUAACGAGUCUUGUGGUAAAAAAGAGGUCUGAUUUGCUUUGUUUGAGUAUUAGACAUGCUCCGGAUCUUGGAUUGACCGAGUUGCUUUGCAUUUUGAAAUACUUUCUUUGUCCAUCAAAAGACGCCUAUAGUAGCAUGGUGAAUGUCAGGAAGGAGUGGGAGAGCCAGGCAUUGUUAGCUAUUGAGAAGGUGAAAGACAAGAAACUCUCAGACAAGAAAUCGCGCAUAGCUAAGGAGGCUUCAAUUCUGCUUAUGCUUGCCCAUGAUGGGUUCUCAACGUCUGAGCUUUGUUUGCAUUAUUUGCUGGCAUCAUCGAAUGUUGAUGAAGUUAUAUUAUCAUCUUCAAUAGGUAAAUUGAAUGGUAAAGAUAUGAUGAGUUUAAUUAGGUAUCUCGGGAAAUGGUUAAAAAAAUAUGAAAUGUUUCCUCAGGCAGGUCCAUGCCCUAAGGCAUCAUCUAUGCUGGGCUUGAAAGCUUGUGAUUGGGUUCCUAAACUUGAAGAUAUUGUCAGAUGUCUGGGGUUGGUGCUGGAUGAAAACUUCUCUUCCCUGGUGUUGCAUCCAGAGUUUCAUGAAGAGCUGAAAUCAAUCGAGGGAUUGGUUGGUUCUCUAGCUUUAGAAGCUAAAUUAUGUUGCUCUAUGGCAAACGUAAUUGAGAAUUUGAAAACUGAAGCCGAAGGUGAACAGAGUUAGUAGCAAUCACUAAUGGUUUUCUGAUCCAUAAUUUAUGUUCCAAUAUUUGGCUUAGUCUAUAAUCUUAGUUUAAUGUCAUUUUUAUGUAAUUUUUAUUGUCAGAAUUUGCAUUAAUUAGCAUAAUUAGUGUAUUCAAAUGUGUCUACACAUGUACAAUUUUUUGUUAGCAUUGAAGAUUUUGAUAUAUUGGUUUCCAUAA